UACGCCGCUGGCCUUGCUUUCUUUCUCUCUCUUUCAUUAAAUUUCUCUCUCUCUCUCUCUUCACUUUGAGUAUUUAAAAGCGAAGCCACGAACUCUACAAACAAACCAAUAUAAACAGGAAAAUUAAGGCGAUUGAAGAGAAGAGAGCAAUCAAAAAUGGAGGGAGAGUUUUACGAGAGGGUUCAAGUAUGGGGUUUGUGCUUGUUUCUGGCGGCGGCGGCGGCGAGGGCGGGGGUGGUGCUGUGGUGGCGGCCGAGGAAGAUCGAACACCAUUUUUUCCGGCAAGGAAUUAGAGGUCCCCCUUAUCGUUUCUUCAUCGGAAACGUCAAAGAAAUCGUCGGAAUGAUGCUUAAAGCUUCUUCUCAUUCUCUUCCUAAUGCCUCCCACAACAUUCUCCCUCGUGUUCUCCCUUUUUAUCAUCAUUGGAAGAAAAUUUACGGUUCGAAAUUUCUGGUGUGGUUCGGGCCGACGGUGAGGUUGGCGGUGUCGGAUCCAGACCUGAUCAGAGAAAUCUUCACAUCAAAGUCAGAAUUGUGCGAAAAAAACGAGCCUCACCCACUGGUGAAACAGCUGGAAGGCGACGGCCUGCUGAGCCUCAAGGGCCAAAAAUGGGCUCACCAUCGCAAAAUCAUCUCCCCUUCUUUCCACAUGGAAAAUCUCAAAUUGUUGAUUCCAGUGAUGGCAAAAAGUGUUGUGGAUAUGUUGGAGAAAUGGUCAGCAAUGACAGGAGAUUCGGGUGAGGUGGAAAUUGAAGUUUCAGAGUGGUUCCAAACCCUAACAGAAGACGUCAUCACUAGGACCGCCUUUGGCUCCAGCUAUGAAGAUGGAAAAGCCAUUUUUCGCUUGCAAGCCCAACAAAUGGCCCUCGCCGCCAAGGCCUUCCAAAAAGUUUUCAUCCCUGCCUAUAGAUUUUUACCUACAAGAACGAAUGUAAAUUCGUGGAGAUUGGACAAAGAGAUAAAGAAGUCGUUGACGAAGCUGAUCGACCGGCGGCGGGAGAAUUCGGUUGAGAAUGGUUCGAAGGAUUUACUUGGAUUGAUGAUUCGAGCCUCCAACUCUUCUCCUUCCGCUAUUACGGUUAACGACAUUGUGGAGGAGUGCAAGGGGUUUUUCUUUGCUGGCAAACAGACCACUUCCAAUUUGCUGACGUGGACUACCAUCCUCAUGGCAAUGCACCCACAAUGGCAGCUAAAAGCACGUGACGAGGUACUGAGGGUGUGUGGAGCACGUGACAUUCCCUCCAAAGAUGACGUUGCAAACCUCAAAACGCUGAGCAUGAUCGUCAACGAAUCGCUACGGCUAUACCCGCCAACAGUGGCAACUAUUCGGCGAGCGAAAGCUGACGUGGAGCUAGGCGGUUACAGAAUUCCACGUGGCACCGAGCUCUUGAUUCCAAUCUUGGCCGUUCAUCACGAUCAAACCAUAUGGGGGAACGACGCGAACGAGUUCAACCCGGAGCGAUUUGCAGAGGGUGUGGCCCGGGCAGCAAACCAUCGGGUCGGGUUCAUACCAUUCGGACUCGGAGCCCGAACCUGUAUUGGGCAAAACUUGGCUACUUUGCAAGCAAAGUUAGCUCUUGCAAUCAUACUCCAGAGAUUCUCUUUUCGAGUGGGACCCUCUUAUCAGCACGCACCAGCGGUCCAGAUGCUACUUUAUCCACAAUAUGGUGCACCCAUUAUCUUCCAAAAAUUACCCAUCUCAUUCAUCCAACGGUCAUGAUCAUAUCAUAACCAUUCAUCCCCCUACCAAGUGAAAUCUCCAAACUACCCUUGAACCCACUGCAUAAUAACAAUCAUCCUCCAAAAAGCUAACCUCAUGCCCUUGUUUUUUCUUUACCCCUUGUGGAAACUUCCAAGAAA